AUAAGAAUACUUAAAAAAUUUAAAACGUGCAAACAUAAACCACCACCCUUUGCCCCUGUUUGUUUCCCAGGAAAAUCACGACACCAAAGAUUCCCCACCAACCGCCGCCGGGAAAAGAAAAUUCCGGGAGAGCCUCUUCAUCUUCAAGAAUGGCUUCCCGGGAAAGCACUAACUGGCUUUUCGAUUACGCUUUGAUUGACGAUAUUCCCGUCCACGAUGCCACUUUCGCUGCUCCUUCCUCCGGUUUCAAUUGGCCUUCCAACGCCAUCAAUGGUUCUUCAAAUGUCGGUGUUGAAAUUGAUGGCUCGUUGGGCGAUUCUGAUGGAAUCAAAGAAUCUGGUUCAAAGAAAAGGGGCAGAUCUGAGUCGUGUGCUCCUUCUAGCUCCAAGGCAUGUAGGGAGAAAUUGCGGAGGGAUAGGCUUAAUGACAAGUUUGUUGAAUUAGGCUCCAUUUUGGAGCCUGGAAGGCCUCCUAAAACUGACAAGGCUGCUAUUCUGAUUGAUGCCGUCAGAAUGGUGACACAAUUACGGGGCGAAGCCCAAAAGUUGAAAGAUUCAAAUAUGGGUCUACAAGAAAAGAUUAAAGAGCUAAAGUCUGAGAAGAAUGAACUUCGUGACGAGAAACAGAGACUCAAGGCAGAGAAAGAAAAGUUGGAGCAGCAGCUGAAAUCUAUGAGUGCUCAACCUAGUUUCAUGGCGCCUCCUACUGCGAUCCCUGCUGCAUUUGCUCCUCAAGGUCAAGUCCCCGGCAACAAGCUGGUUCCUAUCAUCAGCUAUCCAGGAGUGGCAAUGUGGCAAUUCAUGCCCCCUGCUGCAGUUGAUACCUCGCAGGAUCAUGUACUCCGCCCACCAGUUGCCUAAUUUGGCACUGUACAAUGGCCUCAAUUUUGGCCCAAGUUUGUAUCCAUUUACCCCCAUACCUUCUUGGCUUUCUUAGUUAUUUGCUAAGUGUUCUAACUGUACUGUGCUGGCUUCCGACUGUAUUUUGUCUUAUGAUAUACUGUUAUGAAGUAAUGUUCUUGUUUGCUUGUAAA